ACUCGGCGGCCAGUGAUUUUUUAUGAGGUGAGUGUCGACUUGUGUUUCUGUUCGUCGUUCCUCCCCCUCGAUUUAGGCCUUUCGUCGUACGUGUAACGUUGCUUUGAGUUAGCCCUCACCCACAGCACAAUGCCGAGAGCUUCCACAUCAGCCAAGAAAAAGCCAGCCGCUCAAACAACUCAAAAGGAAAGGAUCAACCAAGUCUUAGACAAGUUUGAUUUUGACGAUAAUGACGAUGACGAAACAAAUGAAGACGUAGCUGGAAGCAGUAGAGAAGAUGAAACUCCAGCCGUACCUAAAACCAAGACUGGUAAGAAACGCUUCUACCCGGAAGAUGAUGAUAUGGGAGAAGUGCCUCAAGCCAACACCAACUUUGAUGGGGAGAUGCAGACUAUGCUGGAAUCAUUUGGAGCCGAUAUGAGGAAGUCACUUGUAUCUAAGAAGAAGCGGUUAGAGACAUUCACUCAGCAGAGCUUGAAGUCGGCUAACUGUAAGGUGGACAAAAUCUGGAAGAUGCAGCAGACAGAAAGGAAUCGUUUGCAAGAUGAGUACACCAAACAACUUGCCAAUGUUCUCGACCAGUGGGAAACCGAUGUCAAUAAAGUGAAAGAACAAGAAGAAAAAAUGCAGGUAGUCUUUCGUCAACAACAGAAACUGUUCCAGCAAUCACGAAUCACUAUGUCACAACGACUCAAAACAAUCAGACAGCUGUUUGACCAGUACUCCAAGACAAUGACCGAUUUGGACCAGUGUCAUACUGACCAGCAGACUCAUGUCCAGGGGGAGCUGCGUAAAGAGAUGAGCAUGUUACAGAAGAAGAUACUCAUGGAUACGCAAGCCCAUGAAAUGGCCAAUGUUCGAAAAUCCCUCCAAAAGAUGUUAUUCUAGACAACCAUCUCCUUCAACAACUAGAAGAUGUCGAGAUGAGCAUACAAGAUAUCGCCGGACUUGGGUGAGAGUUGACGGAACUGCUCGUCUGUAAGAUUGCACAAGCUCAAGCCA